GGAUUAACAUGCAUAUCCCAUCAUCAAUUAGAUUUGCUACCUACCGUUUAUAAGUCGGAUCCUCCAUAAUUACCAGAUCUCAACCCGGAUUCAAACCCGACAUCAAACUUCAAACCCGACUGAAUAGAAACUGCAUAAAAGGAUCCAUAGUCCGAAUCCGCCUCUUCUCUUUCCUCACUCUAAUUUUCUCUCUCUAGACUCUCUCUCUCUCUGAAUACUGCAGUCUCUUUGUGGCUCUCUCUCUCUCUAUCGAUAUCUAUAUCUCUGCGUCGCUAUUCAUCUCAUACACCUUUUCCUCGAUCCAAUCAUCCACUCUGCGAAAAUGAAUGACGAAGUGGAGAAGAGCUGCCCCCUCUGCGCCGAGGAGAUGGAUUUAACUGAUCAGCAGUUGAAGCCUUGCAAGUGUGGCUAUGAGAUUUGUGUUUGGUGUUGGCAUCAUAUUAUGGGUAUGGCUGAGAAAGAUGAGACUGAAGGGCGUUGUCCAGCAUGUCGUACUCCUUAUAACAAGGAAAAGAUUGUUGGAACUACAGCAAAAUGUGAAAGGCUGAUGUCAGAGAUGACUGUGGAGAAAAAGUUUAAGUCACACAAGGGAAAGAGCAAAACCUCAGAAGGAAGGAAGCAACUUGGCGAUGUGCGAGUUAUCCAGAGGACUCUUGUGUAUGUUGUGGGCUUGCCACUGAAUUUUGCAGAUGAAGAUGUUCUUCAUCGCAGAGCAUAUUUUGGUCAGUAUGGAAAGGUGCUGAAGGUGUCGAUAUCGCGUACAGCAUCUGGUGCCAUACAACAUUUUGCAAAUAGUACAUGCAGUGUAUAUAUAACAUAUUCAAAGGAGGAGGAAGCAGUCCGGUGUAUCCAGUUGGUGCAUGGGUUUGUUUUGGAUGGUAGGCCUUUGAGGGCAUGCUUUGGGACUACAAAAUACUGUCAUGCAUGGCUGAAAAAUAUGCCUUGCGGAAAUCAUGAUUGUCUAUAUCUGCAUGAGAUUGGUUCUCAAGAGGAUAGUUUUACUAAGGAUGAAAUAGUAUCUGCUUACACAAGAGUUCAGCAAAUUACCGGUUCUGCAAAUGCUGCGCAGCCGCGUUCAGGAAAUGUAUUACCUCCGCCAGCAGAAGAUUACUGCAACAACACCUCUGCAUCUUCAGCUAGACCUAUCACUAAAACUGCCAUAAACACAAAU